CAGGAUCGAGCCCCGACGAGAUCACAGUUUCUCUAAAUUAUUUUGUAAUUAAAUACAUAUACACCUACCAUAUAUAAACUCACGCAUACUCAUAUAAAACAAAUAGGGCAACUAGAGUAAACAGUGAUUCUCUAAGUUUUCCGCAAGGACAAUGGUUUACAUUUUGAGCACUGAGAGCACACCUUUGCUACUUAAAACUGGCUAUGUGCGGCUAAAGGGAAGCAUACAAAUACGUCGAAAAAAAGAUUCGAACGCAUUCGGAGUGCGGCAUGUUCAGGCGCUGCUCAUGUUCUUUGGCAUGGUAUUCGGCUAUUUUCUGCGUGUGAAUAUUUCCGCCGCUAUAGUGCCAAUGACAAAGCCCUCAGCUGAUGAUUCGUACUAUGACUGGGAUCCCUCCAAAAAAUCGCUCAUAUUAAGUAGCUUCUUUUGGGGUUACGUUGUGGCACAAGUGCCUUCGGGACUACUGGCCAAACGUUUUGGUGGCAAAAUAGUGCUGGGCGUUGCCACAGCGUUGGGUUCUGUGAUAACAUUGUUACAUCCUUGGGCCGCAUCUGGCGGUAAUUGGCAAUUAGUGUGUACACUUCGUGUAUUUAUUGGUAUGAUGCAGGGUACCCUAUAUCCUUCGAUACAUACGCUGCUAGCCAAAUGGGUGCCGCGUACGGAGCGUAGCUUUAUAUCUACAUCGGUAUAUUCGGGAGCGCAGUUAGGUACGGUUAUUAUAUUGGGUACCAGUGGUGCUAUAUUCGAUUCCAGCAUGGGUUGGCCGGGUGUAUUUUAUAUUUCUGGUGCACUGGCAUUGGCUUGGUCACUUUUGUUUUUAUUUUUUGGUGUGGAUAGUCCACAAAAGUCUAAAGUGAUAUCAGCAGAGGAGCGUACAUAUAUUGAGAGGCUUACCGGCAACGGUGGUUUAGAGAGCGAGGGUUUGUCCAUACCGUGGAAGUCAUUCUUCACAUCAGCACCAUUCUAUGGCCUUAUAGCUGCUCAAUCGGGAUUCACUUGGGGCUUUUACACAUUACUUACCCAACUUCCUACCUAUAUGGAUUCCGUACUUAAACUGAAUGUCACCUCGAAUGCAUUACUAUCGGCUUUACCGUACUUCGUCAUGUGGGCGUUAUGCUUGAUCAUUAGUCCCAUUUCGGAUAUGCUUAUCAAUCGAAAUGUUUUGAGCACAACAACAGCGCGAAAGCUCUUUAAUAGCAUUGGUCAAUAUAUACCCAUGGCUUGCCUAAUUGGCGUGAGUUAUAUGACGAGUGAAGAGCGUAUAGAGGCUAUAACAUUGCUUACCAUUGGUGUUGGUUUUAAUGCAGCCGCUACCUGUGGGUAUUUAGUGAAUCAUAUGGAUCUUUCACCGAAUUUCGCCGGCCCAAUGAUGUCCAUUUCAAAUGGCGUGGCGAAUUUGUCGUCGAUAUUUGCACCUUUGGUUGUGGGGGCCAUCGUAGUAAAUGAGGAAGAGCCCAGUGAAUGGCGCAUUGUUUUCUUCAUCACGGCUGGUAUUUAUUUGGUCUGCAACGCGAUUUUCAUUAUUUUUGGCCAAGCGACUAUACAACCAUGGAAUGAUCCAAACAAUUUGUACAAUAUUGCAACAACACAAGCAAUAGAUCCGUCCAAAAUCGCGAGCACAGAACAAACUAUCGAGUCUGCCCUAAGUAAACCCGAGUGAACAUAGAUUUUAUGAUUAGAAAUGUAUACAUAUCAAAAGAAAGAAUAUCGGAAAUAUCAAUCAAAAAUAUACCUCAAAUUAAUUAAUAUCUCGCACAUUUGAGCGAAAGAAAAAUGCUUAAAAUUCACAAAGCUUUCACUGAACAUUGACGACUUCUAUUUUCCACGGUCAUAACCAGUUGCAGUUGCGAGGGUGUGCCGAAAUUGUCCGAGUACUCUCAAUUCCUCCAAAAAUCGAGUUAUUUUUUUUU